AUGCUGCGCAUCCUCAAUGAUGAGGACGGCUUUGACAUUAAACCGAGAGAGCUGGUGCGAGUACGCUCCCGCCACCGCUGGCUGCUUCGCACCCCGAACUCAGCACCGAAAACAGCCGGGGACCUGGACACGAUAGCAGACGUUAUAGGUGACAGUCAUGACCCUCAUAUGGAGCUCGACUUACCGCUUGGUGGCACCUCUAGUGGUCUUACAGACGAGCAGCAGAGGGCGGAAGUACCUGGAAAUGGCCAGAGUCCCGAGCUUGCCGCGAAGCAGAGGGAACGUCUCCAGCAAUUGGAGGCCCAGUCGGCGUUGCGAUGGGAGACUCGGAAGCGUCGACGGAGAACACGCGGCUGGGCUGGACUCCCUGCAGACCCACCAGGACCACCACGGUUCCCCUCCGAGACGACAAUCGACGAAGGUAGGGCAAUUCUUGGUCUCGACCUGGGGCUUUAUCGAGAGAUACGGAGCCACUUUGCACGGAUAUGCGAAGACCAGGAUGUCAGCAAAAAGACGAUUGCGGGGCCUGAAAGAUGGGAAGGUGUGAAAGACCGCCUGAUCCAGGAGGUGCCUCAUUUGCAAUCGGUCAUGUGGAUGGAUAAAGAGGAUGCAAGCAGCAAGAAGCUGGCCCUGGAUGUCAUCUGCACGGAUGUUACGAAGCGUAUGCGGACCAUGGAAACGAAGAUGACGAUUGCGGAUGCGAAGAAAGUUCUAGGAAGCAACCCGGAGGAAACCAGGACCAUACGGCAAGAGUUCCUGAAACUACUGAAAGAGGACCGUUUCACGAGUAAGACUGAAGCUGGACAGGAACACUGGGAUGGGCUGAAGAAGAAAUGGACUGGAGAUUCUAACAUCCUGCAGAGACUACUCGCCGAAGGCACACUAGAUCCCAUGCAUGGAGAGAAACUGAGAGCAGUGGAGAUCCUGGCAACCGAUGUGAUGAAGCGGCUGAGGGAUGAUCAGACGAAGCGAGAUCCCAGCCGAAAGAAACAAGUUCAGCGCGGAAACACGCCACUGCCGAUGGGUGUGGAUGAGCCACCCCAACAUGUCGAAAUCAGUACUGUCGUCAUGAAUAGCCCUGACCAUGAUGACAACCAGCAGCUGGCUAUCGGUGAUGACUACGCUCCAUCGCAGUCGCUGUCCCAGUAUCAUCAUAUGGCUACGCCGAUGAUCACCGGUACGCCUAACGGGCCGUCGAGGCACGUCAGUCAUGAUGCAUCACAACUGCAGCGACAGGAGCGCUUGCGGUCACCCGAGGCCAUCCACCACGGUCUAUCAAGCAGCCAAGUGCUGUCGCACAGCCCAUCCCAUGAUCAGACAGCACUAAUCCCGAGCAGCGUUCUGAACAGUGGGCUUCCAAUAGACCCCCAAAUCAAUAGCGGCCUACCCGUGAUGAUGGCCAGUCAUAGUCCGGGGGUGAACUCCCAACACGCACAUACGUCGUUCCUGGCACAGGACCUAUCGCCGGGCAUGACGCAGGCGCAGACUCACAGCUACGUACAGGGGCAUUUCGGCGCCGCACCAGCGCCUAGGCCGCCGGUGGCUGUCUACCUGCGACUGCAUCCAUCGUCACCAAUCACCAUGGCCCCUCCGAUCUGGAUCGCGACGUUGGCGGCACGUUCUUUCGAGGAGCUACGGCAAGUGGCGGUCAAGGACAUGGCCGGCACCGUGUGCGGGCGGGUCGAGGGCAUCUUGGGCGAGGGGAUGACGAUUGAGAUCAGCCGCGACGACGAACUGACGGCAUUCUUGGCUGUCAUUGAAGGGCGGAGCACGACUGGCACCCAGGGGGCGCCGUGUUUCUAUGUGCAGAUUCUGGCAGCCCAGUGGAAGACAUAG